CAAAGCGAUUUAAAUAAAUUUGAAGAGUCAAUAUAUAAAUGGUCUCAGAAUUUUAUUCGAAUUUUUCAACAAUUUUCUCCAUCUGGGUUAAAACUUCCGAAACUACACUCAUGGAUUUAUCAUGUGAUCGAUUCAAUUCAGAACUUUGGUGCAAUUAAUGGAUAUACUACAGAGACUUACGAAAGCCUUCAUCGUGAAUAUGUUAAGGUUCCCUAUCGGUUAAGUAAUAAAAAAAAUAUUGAAGCCCAAUUAAUGCAAAUAAUUCGACGUCAAUCAAUUGCAAAAAUAACGUCUCAAAACCAAUCAACAAAUUUGGAAAUAACUCCUCGUGCAUUUAAAUUUUCAUCAAAGCUUUAUGAAUUUUCAUUAAUGAAUGCACUUUCAUUUUUUGAAGAAAAAAAAAUAGAACCUAAUAUAGAUGAUAAAAUGAAGACUGGGUUUGACCAGUUUUUAGCAUGUAUGGAUUCAUAUUUAGAUCUAAUUAAAAUAUCUGAAAUAGAUAUCGCUCAAAUUAAGAUAAUAAUAUAUGGAUCAGUAACAUUGGAAAAUGGUGCAAUAAUGCGUGCAAAUAAUAGUUAUCAUCAAAACCCCUGGUUUAGUAAUAUUUCUGUUAUUAUGAAUUCUGAAGAAUUAUUUGAAUAUUCAUCUGAUCAAGGUGUUUGUUAUGGACAGGUAUUAUUAAUUGCAAAGAUUGAAAUAGAAAAGGGAAAACCUUCACUUAAUCUAGCACUAAUUCAAUGGUAUGACUUUAAGUCACAAAGUCAACCAUAUUGCUACGGAUGUCCUCGAUUACAAAUUAAAGAAUUAUAUAAUUUUAUAGAAAUAGAAGCUAUACAAGAUAUAGUGCAUAUAAUACCACGUUUUAGAAGUAAAAAUGAAUUUUUUGUUAAUAAUUUUAUUUUUUAA